ACCUGUACCUUCCGGUGCGCUCGCAGUCUCGACUAUACGCAACGUUUAGUGGCUUUCAAUGACGGCUAUGGUAUCCUGAACUUCGAAGUCGAUAUCGUGCCCAACAAAGUACUGGCGAUAAAGGCUGAUAGACUGCCACCGCAGUCGCAUAACUGGUGCUCUAUCCGGUCAAUGAUGAACAACUUUGGCCGCCAACCACUUGCAGCGGCUGCCGGUGCAGCACCGGUAGUCACGCCCACUACUAGUCCGCCGCAGUUGACGUCGUCAUCGGCGGUUAAAUAUGAGUACAAUUACGCCAUUGAUAUCCAACACAUUCCCGAGGACUACGACCCGGAGUCGCCACCAAAGACAUCCCACCAAUUGAUACAGACUUUGAUACCGAAGAAUAGGCAACAAAUCAUUAACCGAAUGGUCGAAUACUGGCCGCAAGUAUUCGGUGAUAAGAAGAUUGACUAUAAAGUCACUCAAAAGGGUAUUGCUUGCGAUUGUCUGCUGGAUAUCAGUCUUGUGGGAAAGACUAGUCAUUAUGUAAGCCUUGUUUUGAAUGGCUGUAAGUUGGAGGAAGUGUUUGAAUGUACUGUCGAGUACUUGUCGUCGACUCCCGUGCCGUUGGAACCAAUGACACAACCUCUGGAGACAAGCGAUGACAAAGUGGUUAACCAGUCGACUGACCAUCAAAUGACCGAUCAAUGGGAUCUCAUUGAAGCAGUGGUUGAUAUGGAUGUCCAGUCUGUGUCCACGACUUCUGUAUCGGUAGAAACGUCACAACGUCUUAAUGGUAAGGUGCACAAAAAGUUGGUCCACCAAAACCAACAGUCCAUCACUUCUGUGCCCUUGGAAUCAACACAACCUCUGGAGGUCAUCGAUGAUAAUAAAGCGGUUAACGAGUCGACUGACCAUCAAAUGGCGGACCAAUCAGAUCUCAAGUCUGUAGUAGUGAUGGCAACGGAUGUCAACUCUUUCUGUACGACUUCCCGAUCUAUUGAAACGCCACAACUUCCUGAAGCCAUCAAUGACAAUAAAGUGAUUAACGAGUCGAUUGACCAUCAAAUGGAAGUCCAAUCCGACCUCAUGCCACUCCUACCGGACCUCCCGUCCCGGCCAUCCCUUCCCUUAAUAGAGUUCAUACGACAGGAGCUGUCGGUGUCCGACCUCAAGACCGUUGAAUUCAGUGUCGAUGUCAUUGACAAACUCAAUACAAAACUGAAGGGACGGUCGAUGUAUACGAUCCACGAGUCCAGUGAUCGGCAAUACUAUACCAUUGACUGC